AUGGCACACAAGCAUACUUUUGAAGCACUUGAUAGAACGCUCAGAGACGUAAUGUCUAAAUACGGUAACUCCAAGGAGAUGUUUGGUGGAAAAGUUGUUGUGUUUGGAGGUGAUUUCAGGCAGAUUUUACCUGUUGUCCCUCGAGGAAGCCGUUCGGAUAUUGUACAUUCUGCCAUAAAUGCGUCUUACAUAUGGAAUUCUGUUCAAGUGUUAACAUUAACCAAAAACAUGCGCCUCCAAUCCGGUCCGACCGAAGAUGAUAAAAAUGAAAUGCAACAGUUUUCUGAAUGGUUGUUAAGAAUUGGCGAAGGAAAAGUAUCUGAGCCCAAUGACGGUGUGACAGAUUUUGAAAUUCCACCUGACCUGUUGAUAACACAGUUCGAAGACCCAAUCGUCGCCAUUGUUGAUGCUACAUAUCCUGACUUAAUUCACAAUUUUCAUUCAAUCCAAUACCUUAAGGGUCGAGCAAUUCUGGCUUCAACAUUAGAAAUUGUGGAACAAAUAAACAAUCAUAUCCUUGACUUAAUCCCAGGAGACAUGCGGGAUUACUACAGCUCCAAUACUGUUGAUAAGUCCGAAAUCAAUGACGACACAGUGGUAAAUAUCCUAACUCCAGAAUUUCUCAGUUCCCUCCGUACAUCUGGUUUGCCUACCCAUCAUUUAAAGUUAAAGGUUGGAACACCAAUUAUGAUCAUGAGGAAUAUUGAUCAGUCAGAAGGACUAUGUAAUGGAACAAGGUUGAUAGUAACAAAAUUGGGGACACAUGUUAUUGAAGCUUCGAUAAUAGCUGGAAAGAACGGUGGCAAUCGGGUGUACAUCCCACGAAUGGAUAUGUCACCUUCCCAAUCACCAUGGCCGUUCAAGCUCAACAGAAGACAGUUCCCCAUUAUAGUGUCAUAUGCCAUGACAAUUAACAAAUCCCAAGGACAGUCUUUGGAUAUUGUUGGUCUAUACCUACCAAGGGAUGUUUUUACACAUGGACAAAUAUAUGUUGCACUAUCAAGAGUGACAACCAAACAAGGAAUCAAGAUUUUAAUACAUGAUCAACAUGCAAAAGUUAAAACAACUACAAAUGUAGUUUACAAGGAGAUCUUUGACAAUAUAUAA